GGAUGACUAUUUAUAUUCAUCUUCCAAAGCUUUCAAAGAAACAAGAUUUUUGUUUUCACACACGCGCGUAGACACUGCGACUACGUUGCAAGGUUCAUCAUGGUUUCUUAUCUUUUUCUCUCUUCUUCGUCGAUAUUAUUUUGGUGUAGUUUCUUUCUUGUGUUGUUGUUUAUGACAACCACAAAUGCUUUAGUGAAACUUCCAGAAAACACAACUAUUCCGGCGGUAAUAGUGUUCGGAGAUUCAAUUGUCGAUGCCGGAAAUAACGAUGAUAUGAUAACGGAGGCUAGAUGUGAUUAUCCUCCUUAUGGUAUUGAUUUCGACGGUGGAGUUCCUACGGGAAGAUUCUCAAAUGGAAAAGUUCCCACUGAUAUUCUAGCGGAAGAACUAGGGCUUAAACCAAGUAUACCGGCAUAUCGAGAUCCAAAUCUAAAACCCGAAGAUCUCCUAACCGGUGUAACAUUUGCUUCUGGUGGUGCUGGUUAUGUCCCUUUGACAACACAAAUAGCGGGAGGAAUACCAUUACCGAAACAACUGAAAUAUUUUGAAGAAUAUAUAGAGAAAUUGAAUGAUAUGGUUGGAGAAGAGAGGACAAAGUUCAUACUCAAGAAUAGCAUGUUCGUUAUUAUAUGUGGUAGCAACGAUAUUGCAAACGACUUCUUUGGUCUCCCUUCGGUUCGUCUCCAAUACACCGUUGAUUCUUUCACUGCUCUUAUGGCCGAGAAUGCUCGCUCUUUUGCUAUGUCACUCUACGGAUAUGGAGCAAGAAGGAUACUUAUGUUUGGUGCGCCACCAAUAGGAUGUGUUCCUUCGCAGAGAACUGUAGCAGGAGGACCUACAAGAGAUUGCGUUGUUAGGUUUAAUGAUGCGUCAAAACUUUUCAAUGCUAAGCUCAGUGGAAACCUUGAUAUCUUAUCAAGAACCUUACUUGACUCGACUUUAGUUUAUGUCGAUAUCUACAGUCCUCUUCUUGAUCUCAUAGUAAACCCUCGACAAUAUGGGUUUAAGGUAAGCAAUUUAGGAUGUUGCGGAACCGGACUAAUAGAAGUGACGGCGCUAUGCAACAACUACACAUCUGCUGUAUGUCCCAUAAGAUCGGAUUAUGUGUUCUGGGACAGUUUUCAUCCCACUGAAACAGCUUACAGAAUUAUAGUUGCAAAACUUCUCGAUAGAUAUCUCAGCAAAAUUAUCUAGUUAAUCGAUUAAUAAUACCUACAUGUUCGUCACACUCAGUUUAUGAUUAUUUGAAUUAUAAUUACGAUGCAAAGAUACAUUGAACUUUUUUCUUGAUUUGUAAUUUUUUUCUGGUUAACUAAAUAAAAUUCCUGUAUGUUUUCUUUA